CCACUUAAAUCCCAUGUACACAAGUGUCAUGGAAUUGUAAAAAAUCCCCCAAAUCCCAACUCCAUGAAUGUCAUGGAAUUUUGAAAUUUGGUCGUGUGUCCCAGAUACACGAAUGUCAUGGACACACGACAAAAUCCGUUGAAUCCCAGAUACACAAAUACGUGUAUUUAAAAAAAAAAAUAUUUUGCGACUACGAAAAGUGAUUUUGCAGGUCAAUUUUGCCAAUUCCAAGAUGUCAGACGGUAAUUUUGAACAAAUUCAUAUAUAUUUAAAUAUCAUAUAUGUAUGUGCAUAUACAUAUAUUGUAUACGGUGCAGAAAGCGAUUCAGAAGAGCAUUUUCAUGAUUCGGGGUCUGAGGAGGAGGAUAGCGACAGUGCAACACAAAGGGAUUCCGAGGACGAUUCAGAUUCGUUGGAUGGCACUGCGAAUCGCGACCCCACCUUCAGGGAAAAUGAGCUGUUCGCCCCUGUCGUUGAAGAUUUUGACGAGUCCGAAGACAAAAUCCGCCCGGAAUUUGGCGUUUCAAGAAGGACGUCCCCUCUACAAAUGCUGCAGAAAUUCCUCACUGACGGAAUCAUUGGGGAUAUGGUGCGAGAGACGAACCGGUACGCAGAACAGGAUUAGACAAGGCACCCUGC